CAUUCGGAAUCUAGCAUGAUUUUGUGCCUCCACAGUCCUCUCCGAUUGCGGACAGGCCUAUAACGUACCAGAGUUUAGGGUCUUCAGAUCUGAACUUCGACAUAAAGUUCCCCUAUUCCUUUUUUUCCCUUGAAUAGGGGUUUAUACAAAUAAUAUCACUUUUCUAUUUUUUUUCCCCCUUGAAAUGGGGUAUUGGAGGCAAUAAAAUUGGAGAAAUCUGAGCUGCUAAUGCAAUUUGAUUCAUUGAAAUUGUUGGGUAUUUCUGUGGGUUUUGGAGAAACCGAAAAAGUUGAAGUCUUGUUUUGAGCUCAUCAAUGUCUUGGGCAGGCCCGGAAGAUAUUUACCUCUCUACUUCUCUCGCCAGCUACCUUGACACAUGGGCAAACUUCUGUUUUCUUCCCCAGAGAAACUCCUUGUAUUGCUACGUGAUGGAAGGAAAUUAUUGGGGACUCUUCGUUCUUUUGAUCAAUUUGCCAAUGCUGUUCUGGAAGGUGCCUGUGAGCGUGUAAUUGUUGGUGAUCUUUACUGUGACAUCUUAUUGGGUCUAUAUGUAAUCCGAGGAGAAAAUGUUGUCUUGAUUGGCGAAUUGGACUUGGAGAAAGAGGAACUUCCUUCACGUAUGACUUGGGUGUCAGAAGCGGAAAUAAAAAGGGCACAGAAGGCAGAAAGGGAAGCUUCUGAACUCAAGGGUACUAUGCAUAAGAGAAUGGAUUUCCUUGAUAUGGAUUGAUGAACAUUUUUGUGACAUCCAUAUCUGCAGUUUGCUCAAAGUUCAGGCCUAGAAUUCGGCAAAUAUUAUCAUGGUUUGUAGUUAGAAAAUAUUGCUGAAUUCGGGUCAUUUUGCUUGUUUUUCAACAUUCAAAAGUUGAGCUCAACAAACAAAAUUAUGAAAAUGAUUUGUUUUCUCCUAGAUGUAUUGAGCAUGCCUUUCCUCAUCUUAGUGAUUUUUUUGGUGAAUGUCAUUAAAAACAUGCGUCAUGGUAUUUGUCGGGUUCUUUUGUAUUAUUUUGUUUUGGAAGGAAUCGGGUUUUCGUCCGUCGACUGAUUGAAUGAACAGGUGGGGCUCGGCAUUUAAUUGUUUUGAAGUAACAUCUAAAGUUUGUCUAUUCA